CUAAUUUCGUCGUCUCUCCAAUCCAACUCCCUCUUUUCACUGCUUCAUUCUCCGAUUUCUUCUCCCCCAAUUAAAACACUAGAUUCCUCUAAAACCCUAAUUAAUCAUCCAUGGCCGACGAAGCCAAGGCAAAAGGCAACGCCGCCUUCUCAUCCGGCCACUUCACCGACGCCAUCCGCCACUUCACCGACGCCAUCAACCUUGCCCCAACCAACCACGUCCUCUACUCCAACCGAUCCGCCGCCUACGCUUCCCUCAACCAAUUCUCCGAGGCUCUCUCAGACGCGGAGAAGACCGUGGAGCUCAAGCCCGAUUGGGGCAAGGGCUACUCGCGGCUGGGCGCGGCGCAUAUUGGCCUCCAAAGCUACAACGACGCCGUUUCCGCCUACAGAAAGGGCCUCGAGAUCGACCCCAACAAUGAGGCUCUCAAGUCUGGCCUCGCAGAUGCCGAAUCCGCCCUAGCCAGGAACAACAGGCCUCGCUCCAGCCCGGGAAUGAGCCCUUUUGGAGAUGCUUUUGGGCCCGAGAUGUGGGUGAAGCUAUCUAGUGAUCCUACCACCAGGGGAUUUCUUCAGCAGCCCGAUUUCGUGAAGAUGAUGCAGGAUAUCCAGAAGAAUCCCAACAAUUUGAACAUGUAUUUGCAGGAUCAGAGGGUUAUGAAGUCGUUGGGGGCUUUGUUGAACUUGAAGUUCCAGACGGGGCCAGAGGAGGAUGGUGCGGAGGCGCCAUCGGCCUCGGGUGAUGGAUCACUGGAGAGGAAAUCGAAUUCGGAAGCUGAGCCUGUGAAGGAGGAUACAAGGCAGGAAAGGGAAGCCGAGACAGUGACGAUAUCGGAUGAAGAGAAGGAGAAGAAGUUAGUGAAAGAGCAGGCUCUGAAAGAGAAGGAAGCUGGAAAUGCUGCGUAUAAGAAAAAGGAUUUUGAGACGGCGAUUCAGCAUUACACUAAGGCCAUUGAACUUGACGAUGCCGACAUAUCAUUCCUCACCAAUCGUGCUGCGGUUUACUUGGAAAUGGGCAAGUAUGAGGACUGCAUUAAGGAUUGCGAGAAAGCUUUUGAAAGGGGUAGGGAACUGAGAUCAGAUUACAAGAUGUUAGCUAAGGCCUUGACAAGAAAGGGUACUGCCUUGGCAAAGAUGGCCAAGUGUUCUAAGGAUUAUGAGCCUGCCAUUGAGACAUUCCAGAAAGCCUUAACUGAGCAUCGUAACCCAGACACACUGAAGAAGCUCAAUGAUGCUGAGAGAGCAAAGAAAGAGCUUGAGCAGCAGGAGUACUUCGAUCCUAAAAUAGCCGACGAGGAGCGUGAGAAAGGUAACCAGUUCUUUAAAGAGCAGAAGUACCCAGAAGCUAUCAAGCACUAUUCUGAAGCAAUAAGGAGAAACCCAAAUGACCCAAAGGCAUUCAGCAACAGAGCUGCUUGUUACACAAAACUUGGUGCAAUGCCCGAGGGGCUCAAAGAUGCUGAAAAAUGCAUUGAACUUGAUCCGACAUUCUCGAAAGGUUAUACCAGGAAGGGUGCAGUCCAAUUUUUUAUGAAAGAGUACGAGAAAGCACUGGAAACAUACCAGGAGGGUUUGAAGCAUGAUCCUCAGAACCCGGAAUUGAUGGAUGGCAUAAGGAGAUGCGUGGAGCAGGCAAACAAGGCUAGCCGUGGAGAUUUAACCCCUGAUGAAUUGAAAGAGAGACAGGCUAAGGGAAUGCAGGACCCGGAAAUCCAAAACAUCCUAACUGAUCCAGUAAUGAGACAGGUCCUGACGGACUUCCAGGAGAACCCAGUUGCAGCACAAAAACACAUGAAAAACCCUGGUGUGAUGGACAAAAUACAGAAACUUGUCAAUGCAGGAAUUGUUCAAGUAAAAUAAACCAAGCGCCAAAAGACGAGCAUUUACAGAUCUUUUAUGGAAAGAAAUGAAUUGCUGAUUGGAUUAGUAUCAUUUUGGCAUUCUCAUGUUAUGGUGAUGAUGAAAUGUUCUCUCUGGCUCUCAAGAGCAUUGCUUCUUUGGUUGUACUCUGGUGCUAAAUUCAUUCUCUGCCUACAAAACCAUUUGAACCAUCAUUUCUUGACUGUGUCUCGCGACUAAAGUCCUCUUUUGUCAAUCUGAUUCCAUUUUUUGCUUAUAGGAUUCACUGUGUUGGUAAGGUUGUUGGUAUCUGUUAUUCUGUUGCUACUUAACUGUAAACAAUUGGGAUGAGAUAGUAUUUCGAUAUGUGAUAUCAUGUGCUGUUUUGAUCUUA